GAGGGGAAAGGAAGGCAUCGUGCACGUCUCCUCCUCGCCCUUACAAGCGAAGGCAUCGUGCGCUCCUCGACCACAUCCACAAGCCACGAAUCUCCCACCUCCACCACCGCAUCACCGUCUCAUGCCCCUCCACCUCAUCUUUGGUCCCACUUCAACUCUUCCUACUUGUAGAAUCCCGUUACGUCAAACGCCCGCCUGAGAGCCUCUUCUUUCUCCUCCGUUUCCCUCUUCCCUCACUUGGCUCGGAGCGCAAGCUGCCUUCCCCCAUGGAGCCAAGCGGCAGGAAUUGGGUGAGGGGAAGACCCAUCGGAAGCGGUUCCUUCGCCACGGUUAGCCUCGCCCUCGACAGAUCUCAGGGUGAAGUCUUCGCCGUCAAGUCCGUCGCUCUCAACGGCGCCAACCUUGCUGCGAUCCUUUCCCUUAGCAACGAGAUCCGAAUCCUCAGCUCCGUUCGCUCGCCCUACGUCGUCCAGUACCUCGGCGACGACGUCAGCCGCGAAGCUCGAUCCGGCGCGUGCCGGAACCUGCACAUGGAGUACUUGCCCGGCGGUUCCGUCGCGGACUUGGCGGCGGAGAGGAGGCGGAAGGGUUGCCCCGUGGACGACGCGGACGUGCGUUCGUACACGCGUUGCGUGACCCGUGCCCUUCGUUACCUCCACGACGUGGCCGGAGUCGUCCACUGCGACGUGAAGGGCCGAAAUGUCCUGUUAGGCGGAGCCGCCGGCGUCGCCAAGCUCGCGGAUUUCGGUGCGGCGGUGAGGAUUUCCGGGGGAGAUGAGCGUAGCUGGGUGCGGGGAACGCCGCUGUGGAUGGCGCCGGAGGUCGCCCGGGGGGAGCGGCCGAGGCCGGAGUCAGACGUCUGGUCGCUCGGGUGCACGGUCAUCGAGAUGGCGACCGGAGCGCAGCCAUGGCCAGACUGGAGACUUAAAGAUGCUGCAGAAGCGAUGUUUCGUAUUGGUUACGGCGACGAGCUGCCGGAAUUCCCGCCCCUGCUGUUGGAGGUCGCCCGUGAUUUCCUCGACAAGUGCUUGAGAAGGGACGCAAGCGAGCGGUGGACUGCAGAGCAAUUAUUGCAGCACCCUUUCCUAGCCGAAGCAGAAAUCCCCAUGGAGGAGACCCCGCGAGGCGUGCUCGAAUGGGCAAACUUGGAGUUCCACGACGGCGCCGAUGACGGAGAAGGUUGCAGUGUGAGUUACAGUGACCUUUCUGAUUCCACCGAGCUGGUGGCUAGUGGAAGAAAAAGAGUAGGAGAAUUAGCUUCAUGCGGGGGAGUUUUGGCCUGGGAAAGUGAUGAUUGGGAGGAAGUAAGGAGGGUCGAGGAGCUCAAUUUGCAGGGGGACAAAGCAGAAGAGGAGCGAGGGACGUUCUGGGAAUGUCCUGAUUGCACCAGUUUGGGUUCGGCAGACAAGCAUGGGGGUGUCAGUGAGGAACAAGGGGAUGACUUACCCAGUGUAAUGAGAUGCUCUGUUUCUUCUCCUACUGCCUCUUGUCCCUGUUCCUUUUGCAAGGGUCGUUUAGUCUGCCAUCAUGUGAAUGGACUCAUUAGGGUGUUGUUCUUUGGUUGUUGUUGUUUGCUGUCACAACAAUGGAUAAAAUUUCAUGGACUUCCAUGUUACAUCAACAGCAACAAAAAUUUAACUUGGGACCUCCUCCAUUCAACAGUAAUUUGCAUCACUUGUGUCUCUCAUUCUUCGCGGCACAAAAGCACCACAGAGAGCAUGGUGACCUCCCACCAGAUGCUGUGCUGCACUUUCUUCUCUUGUGCGUAUAUUCUUAUCCAGCAUGAUGUGUCAUUGUGUUUGUGGCCAUGGCUGGCCUAGAGGAGAUGUUGGUUCCCCUGUGCUCUUAGACAUUAGAUCAACCUCAGCCAUUGUGGAUUAUGUAGGGCCCCUGCCGUGGGUCACUUCAUCCAUGGCCGCAAAUAUAUGUGGCUCCAGUUGGCCUACAUCGGCCCCCUCUGUUCAUGGUCACUACAAAAUUAGGAUUUUUCUUUUUUUUUUUUGGUGAGAAAAAAAAUGCAAGUUAGCAUGAGUAAUUAAUUAAGCUGCAUGUUUCCAUUUAGGUGGACUAAACCAAUGAGAAUUAUUGGAGUGAUGCAUCAGAUCAAAACUGUGUUUGGUGGCUAGACCAGUUCUGCAAAGCAGCAUAACUCUCCUGCAAAAAGCUGCUACCAAUUUGGAUGAUUGAUCUUGUUUUUGGUUCCUUGAGCUGACAAGGUAAAUGAGAAUUUGAUUGAGCUUGGUGAUCUCUUCCGUUGUGAAUUAUGCACUCUCAAGGUGGUCAUCCUGGGUAGAAGCUAAAUAUAUCUAAUUCGCCUGGCAUUUAUGUGCUAACUUUGAUCAUUUUCCAUGCUCAUUAGAUUAAUUCGUAUGCAUCAUGGGGUAAUUAGCCUUGGUUGCUUGAAAGCAAUUCUAUACAGUA